AUGGUGCGGGAGGGCGGCAUGGCCCGCACGCCCUGCAGCUCCACGCAGGACAUCCCCAUGGACGUGUUCGACAACGCCGCCCUCCAGGGCAAGUACAGCAAGCGCAAGAGCCGCUUCAAGCGCUCGGACGGCAGCACCUCCUCGGACACCACGUCCAACAGCUUUGUGCGGCAGGGCUCGGCCGAGUCCUACACGAGCCGCCCGUCGGACUCGGACGUGUCGCUGGAGGAGGACCGCGAGGCGCUGCGCAAGGAGGCCGAGCGCCAGGCGCUGGCGCAGCUCGAGAAGGCCAAGACGAAGCCGGUGGCGUUUGCCGUGCGGACCAACGUGGGCUACAACCCGUCGGGCAGCGACGAGGUGCCCGUGCAGGGGAUGGCCAUCUGCUUCGAGCCCAAGGACUUCCUGCACAUCAAGGAGAAAUACAACAACGACUGGUGGAUCGGGCGGCUGGUGAAGGAGGGCUGCGAGGUGGGCUUCAUCCCCAGCCCCGUGAAGCUGGACGCCAUGCGGCUGCUGCAGGAGCAGAAGCUGAGGCAGAGCCGCCUGAGCUCCAGCAGGUCGGGCGACAACGGCGGCUCCGGCGCGGGCGACGCGGGCGCGGGGCCGCGCCGGCCCACCCCGCCGGCCAGCGCGAAGCAGAAGCAGAAGUCGGCCGAGCACGUGCCCCCGUACGACGUGGUGCCCUCCAUGCGCCCCAUCAUCCUGGUGGGGCCGUCGCUGAAGGGCUAUGAGGUCACCGACAUGAUGCAGAAGGCUCUGUUCGACUUCCUCAAGCACCGCUUCGACGGCAGGAUCUCCAUCACGCGGGUCACGGCCGACAUCUCGCUGGCCAAGCGCUCGGUGCUCAACAACCCCAGCAAGCACACCAUCAUCGAGCGCUCCAGCACGCGCUCCAGCCUGGCCGAGGUGCAGAGCGAGACCGAGCGCAUCUUCGAGCUGGCGCGCACGCUGCAGCUCGUGGCCUUGGACGCCGACACCAUCAACCACCCGGCCCAGCUGGCCAAGACCUCCCUGGCGCCCAUCGUCGUCUACAUCAAAAUCACGUCCCCCAAGGUGCUGCAGCGGCUGGUGAAGUCGCGGGGCAAGUCGCAGGCGAAGCACCUCAACGUGCAGAUGGUGGCCUCGGACAAGCUGGCGCAGUGCCCGCCCGAGAUGUUCGACAUCAUCCUGGACGAGAACCAGCUGGAGGACGCGUGCGAGCACCUGGCCGAGUACCUGGAGGCCUACUGGAAGGCGACGCACCCGCCGAGCAGCACGCCGCCCAACCCGCUGCUCAGCCGCACCAUGGCCACGGCGGCGCUGGCCGCCAGCCCCGCGCCCAUCUCCAACCUCCAGGUACAGGUGCUCACCUCGCUGCGCCGCAACCUGGGCCUGUGGGCGCGCGGCGGCGGCGAGCCCGGCGCCCCCGGCGCGCUGGAGGAGCACGCGCUGUGA